CUUCAUUAUUAACUAAAACUCCAUAAAUCUGCAAUUUGAAGGAAAAAUAUAAAUUACAAAAUAAAUAAAACCCAACUUUUCUUUGCUUAUAGCAGGGUUUAUAUAACUUUUUCUCUCUCUUCUUUGUCUCUCUUCUUGAGUAAUUAAUUUGGGAGAAGAUUUAAGCUUUUUGGGUCCAGCAUUUUAUUCAAGUAUUUGGGUUUAAUUGUUUUUGGAUUUUUUUUUUUUAAUAAACAGUGAAAGAAAUUAUUUUUAAUUGAAGGAUAGUUUGGAGUUGCAGCAAACAGAGUUUGGAGCAAUUGGGUUGAUUUGAUUUGGGCAUUUUUGAAGAAAAAAGGAGGAAUUUUUGAAGUUUUGAUUUGGGUUUUAUUGGGGAAAAAAUUGGAAAUUUGGAGUUUAAAUGAAGUGGGAUUGAUUGGUAGGAGGAAGAAAAAGAAACCCAGAUCGAGAAGCAACUAGGGGACUUCGAUCCGAAUUAAAGCAAAAUGGCUGCUUCAGUCAGUUUAGCUGUCGGAUCUCUUGUUUGGAUUGAGGACCCUGAUGUUGUCUGGAUAGAUGGCGAAGUAGUUGAGAUUAAUGGUGAAAAUUUAAAGGUCCUUUGUACUUCAGGAAAAACGGUUGUAGUUCACGCUUCAAAUGUUUACCCUAAGGACCCAGAAGCCCCUUCAUGUGGAGUAGAUGACAUGACAAAGCUGGCUUAUUUACAUGAACCAGGGGUAUUGCAGAAUUUGAAAUCUAGAUAUGACAUCAAUGAAAUAUAUACUUAUACUGGGAACAUUUUGAUAGCUGUAAAUCCUUUCAGAAAACUGCCUCACUUGUAUGACAUACAUAUGAUGGAACAAUACAAGGGGGCAAGUUUUGGUGAGCUAAGUCCACAUCCUUUUGCGAUUGCAGACGCUUCCUACAGGCUUAUGAUGAAGGAGGGAAUCAGCCAGUCAAUUUUAGUGAGUGGGGAAAGUGGGGCAGGUAAAACAGAAAGUACAAAAUUGCUUAUGCGUUAUCUUGCUUAUAUGGGGGGUCGAGUUGCUGCAUCUGAGGGAAGAAGUAUUGAACAGAAAGUUCUGGAGUCUAAUCCUGUUCUGGAGGCAUUUGGCAAUGCCAAAACUGUCAGAAAUAACAACUCCAGUCGCUUUGGGAAGUUUGUGGAGCUCCAAUUUGACCAGAAAGGAAGGAUUUCUGGAGCAGCAAUAAGAACAUAUUUGUUGGAAAGAUCUCGUGUGUGUCAAGUAUCUGAUCCUGAGAGAAAUUAUCAUUGUUUCUACAUGCUCUGUGCCGCACCAACAGAGGUUGUUCAAAAAUACAAGCUGGGAGAUCCGAAAACAUUUCAUUAUCUGAAUCAAACGAAUUGUAUCAAGUUGGAGGGGGUUGAUGAUGGCGAAGAAUACCUUGCAACCAGAAGAGCUAUGGAUGUGGUUGGGCUUAGUCCUGAUGAGCAGGAUGGAAUCUUUCGGGUUGUGGCAGCAAUUCUUCAUUUAGGAAACAUUGAAUUUGCAAAGGGGAAGGAAAUGGAUUCAUCUGAGCCCAAAGAUGAGAAGUCCCGGUUCCAUCUGCAAACGGCUGCUGAGCUUUUCAUGUGUGAUCCAAAAGCACUUGAAGAUUCUCUUUGUAAACGCAUAAUGGUUACUCGUGAUGAAACCAUUACCAAAUCUUUGGAUCCAGAGUCUGCUGCCCUUAGUAGAGAUGCCUUGGCUAAAAUUGUAUACUCUAGGCUGUUUGACUGGCUUGUCGAUAAUAUUAACACAUCAAUUGGUCAAGAUUCUAAUUCAAAGUUCAUAAUUGGAGUGCUGGACAUCUAUGGAUUUGAGAGUUUCAAGACAAACAGUUUUGAGCAAUUUUGCAUUAAUCUAACCAAUGAGAAGCUUCAGCAACAUUUUAACCAGCAUGUCUUCAAGAUGGAACAGGAGGAAUAUGAAAAAGAAGAAAUAAAUUGGAGCUACAUUGAAUUCAUUGAUAAUCAAGAUGUUCUGGAUCUCAUUGAAAAGAAACCUGGUGGAAUCAUUUCUCUUCUGGAUGAAGCUUGUAUGUUCCCAAGAUCUACGCAUGAAACAUUUGCCCAAAAGCUGUACCAGACGUUCAAAAACCAUAAGCGUUUCAGCAAGCCUAAAUUAGCUCGUAGUGAUUUCACUAUCUGCCAUUAUGCUGGUGAUGUUACCUAUCAAACUGAACUGUUCCUGGAUAAGAACAAAGACUAUGUUGUUGCUGAACACCAAGCACUUCUAAGUGCUUCCAGAUGUUCCUUUGUAGCAGAUUUAUUUCCUCCUUUACCUGAAGAGUCUUCUAAGUCAUCAAAGUUUUCAUCAAUAGGUACCCGCUUUAAGCAACAAUUGGUUUCACUUCUUGAGACGCUGAGUGCAACUGAACCACAUUACAUUCGCUGUGUGAAGCCAAACAAUCUUCUUAAGCCAGCAAUUUUUGAGAAUCAGAAUGUCCUUCAACAAUUACGCUGUGGGGGGGUCUUGGAGGCUAUUAGGAUAAGCAUGGCUGGGUACCCCACUAGAAAACCAUUUUUUGAGUUUCUAGAUCGGUUUGGAAUUCUUGCACCAGAAGUCUUAGAUGGAAGUUCUGAUGAAGUCACAGCAUGUAAGCGGCUUCUUGAGAAAGUGGGACUUGAAGGCUACCAGAUAGGUAAGACAAAGGUUUUCCUCAGGGCUGGUCAGAUGGCUGAUUUAGAUGCUCGAAGAAGCGAGGUGUUGGGACGAUCAGCAAGUAUCAUCCAGAGAAAGAUCCGUUCUUAUCUGGCCCGCAGAAGCUUUAUCUUGCUCCGUCGUUCAGCAGUACAUGUACAAGCUUUAUGUAGAGGACAACUUGCUCGUCAUGUGUAUGAGGGCAUGAGGCAAGAAGCUGCAUCCUUGAGAAUACAAACAGCUUUGCGGAUGCAUCUUGCACGAAAAGCAUACAGGGAAGUUUACUGUUCUGCUGUCGCCAUCCAAAGUGGUAUGCGUGGUAUGGCUUCUCGUGAUGAAAUCCGCUUCAGAAGACAGACUAGAGCUGCCAUAUUUAUUCAGAGUCACUGUCGCAAAUUCUUGGCUCGCACACGGUUCUUAAGAUUGAAGAAAGCGGUCAUCAGCACCCAAUGUGCAUGGAGAUGCAAAGUUGCUCGUUCUGAAUUGCGAAAACUCAAGAUGGCUGCACGGGAGACAGGUGCUCUUCAAGCUGCCAAAAAUAAAUUGGAAAAGCAGGUUGAGGAGCUUACUUGGCGCUUACAACUGGAGAAACGCAUGCGAUCUGAUCUGGAAGAGGCAAAAACACAAGAGAAUGCAAAACUAAAGACCGCGUUGCAGGAGAUGGAGCUUCAUUUUAAAGAAACUAAGGAGUUGCUCGCAAAGGAGUGUGAGGUUGCUAAGAAAGUAAUUGAACAUGUACCUGUUGUACAGGAGGUGCCAGUUGUUGACAGUGUUAUUGUGGAGAAGCUUACUGCUGAAAAUGAGAAUCUAAAGGCCUUAGUUAGUUCGCUGGAGCUGAAAAUUGAUGAAACAGAGAAGAAAUUUGUAGAAACUAGUAAACUCAGCGAAGAACGACUGAAACAGGCACUUGAUGCAGAAUCAAGAAUGAUAAAGCUGAAGACAGACAUGCAAAGACUUGAAGAGAAAAUUUUUGACAUGGAAUCUGAAAAUAAGGUCCUUCGACAACAAUCAUUGUUAUCUGCACCUGUAAACUUAAGUUCAGGAAGUACUCCAAUAGCUGUGACUCCGAAAUUGCCAAAUGGUCACAUAGUCAAUGAAGAUUCCAGAGUCAAUGAACCACAAAGUGUAACUCCUGUCAAAAAAUUAGAUUUUGAAUCUGAACAGAAGUUUGGACGAUCUCAGCUUGAGCGUCAACAAGAGAAUGUUGAUGCUCUAAUACAUUGUGUGACAAAAAAUAUUGGCUUCAAUCAAGGAAAGCCUGUGGCUGCAUUUACAAUUUACAAGUGUCUCCUCCAUUGGAAAUCAUUUGAAGCAGAGAGGACUAGUGUGUUUGACCGCCUUAUUCAGAUGUUUGGUUCUGCCAUUGAGAAUCAAGAUGAUAAUAAUGAGCAUCUGGCUUACUGGCUAUCAAAUACAUCGGCUUUGUUAUUCCUUUUGCAACGGAGCCUCAAAGCAUCUGGGGGUGCAGCGCAGCGCAAACCUCCGGUCCCUACAUCUCUCUUUGGGAGAAUGACUAUGGGUUUCCGCUCCUCUCCUUCCUCCUCUACUCUUGCUGCAGCUGCAGCUCUUGAUACUGUACGCCAAGUGGAAGCCAAAUAUCCGGCUUUGCUUUUCAAGCAGCAGCUUACUGCGUAUGUGGAGAAAAUUUAUGGCAUUAUUCGUGACAACUUGAAGAGGGAGCUGUCAUCAUUACUUUCCUUGUGUAUCCAGGCGCCAAGAACAUCCAAGGGAGGUUCCUUAAGGUCAGGCCGAUCAUUUAGUAAAGAGUCUGCCACAAGUCACUGGCAGGGUAUUAUUGACAGUCUUAACUCACUUCUCAAAAUGCUGAAAGAAAAUUAUGUGCCUCCAGUUCUCUGUCAGAAAAUCUUCACACAGAUAUUCUCAUAUAUCAAUGUACAACUCUUCAACAGUCUGUUACUGCGUCGUGAGUGCUGUACUUUUAGUAAUGGAGAAUAUGUGAAAUCUGGGUUAGCUGAGUUAGAACUCUGGUGUGCCCAAGCAAAAGAAGAGUAUGCAGGUUCAUCCUGGGAUGAACUCAAGCACAUAAGACAAGCUGUCGGGUUCCUGGUUAUACAUCAAAAGUACAGAAUAUCUUAUGACGAAAUUACUAACGAUCUCUGCCCUGUAUUGAGUGUCCAGCAACUGUACAGAAUAUGUACCUUGUAUUGGGAUGACAACUAUAAUACUCGAAGUGUAUCUCCUGAUGUUAUUGGAAGCAUGAGAGUCCUAAUGACUGAGGACUCCAACAGUGCCAAUAGCAAUUCCUUUUUGUUAGAUGAUAGUUCCAGCAUUCCAUUCUCAGUUGAUGACAUUUCCGGUUCAAUGCAUUCAAAAGACUUUGUUGAUGUAAGACCAGCUGAGGAGCUUCUUGAGAACCUCGAGUUCCAGUUUUUACAUGAAUGAGUUACAGAAACUCAUGACUCGAGAACAUUCCUUUUUUCCAUCCCUCUUGGCGCCUAAGGUGACGGUGCAAUUAUUUUAUUUAUUUGUUUGAAGUCUCCUCACGCGUGGUGUUAGAUUUAGUUUAUUCUUUCACACCCAUCAUAUAUAUGUAAAUUUCUCAUAUAGUGUAGGAAGGGUUGAAACUUGAAGUUAUAAAUUUUCUCCUUUUUUUUUGUAUUGCCAAUAUUGGCUUAUUUUUCAUACAUAUUUUUUUUUACAAGUUUCUUCAAUUCAUUUCUUCGCCUCCCAAUAUUUAUUAGUACCGGGGGCAAGGUUGUUUUGUUAUUUUGCUCAUGUUAAUUAGGGUGAGAGGUUGUUGAAGAGUGUAGUCUCUAAAUUUUCUUUUUUGUACAAAGAAACAAUGCUUAUAUCGAAAAUAUGCAAUUGUAAUGACAAUUAAUCAGCUAUGGAAUAUGUAUUUUAUUA